GAUGAUGGAGCUGCUGACAGGAGAGGUGAGCGGUGCCGGGAAUUCUGGGACAUUAUCCAGUAACAGACAAGGUCUGGAUGGCGCCAUCAUGGAGAAUGGAUCCAGUAAUGGGAACCCACCAGAGAGAUGUCCCCGUCCUCUGUAUUCCCGGGAUUCCACACAGGAAGGUCACAUCAUCCCCCAUCAUCAUCAGGAUGAGGAACUGGAAGACAUCAAAGCUGAGAUUAAAGAGGAAGAAGAAGAGAUGUCGAUGAGUGGAGCUCAGCAGUCUUUGGGAGGGGGAGGUCCUCUGUAUUCCCGGGAUUCCACACAGGAAGAUCACACCAUCCCCCACCAUUACAAGGGUGAAGAUCUGAUAGAUAUAAAAGUUGAGGUUAAAACAGAAGAAGAGACGUGUGUGAGGGAUGAUCAGCAGUCUAUGGAGGAGGAUGGAAAAUUGGCGACAUCUAUAAAGGAGGACACUCCUACAGAAAUCAGCACAGCGCAGACUGUGCGGGACGGUGCCUUCCUUCCAACCGAUAAGAGGUUUUCCUGUUCUGAGUGCGGGAAAUGGUUCGAUUUGAAAUCCCGUCUUAAUGUGCAUAAAAUAACUCACACAGGAGAGAAACUACAUUCCUGCCCUGAGUGCGGGAAAUGUUUUUCAAACAAAUAUACACUUUCCAUACAUCAGAGAUUUCACAAAGGUGAGAAGCCGUUUUCCUGCCCUGAGUGCGGGAAAUGUUUUGGACAAAAAUCAAAUCUUGUCACACAUCAAAGGUCUCACACACAGGAGAAGCCGUAUUCCUGUUCUGAGUGUGGGAAAUGUUUUACCAGAAAGUCAUAUCUUUCCAUACAUCAGAGAUUUCACACAGGGGAAAAGCCGUAUUCCUGUUCUGAGUGCGGGAAAUGCUUUCAACAAAAAUCAAAUCUUGUCUCACAUCAAAGGUCUCACACACAGGACAAGCCAUAUUCCUGUCCUGAGUGCGGAAAAUGUUUUAUAUAUAAAUCACGUCUUGUCAUGCAUCAAAGGUCUCACACAGGAGAGAAGCCGCAUUCCUGUCUUGAGUGCGGGAAAACUUUUUUAUAUAAAUCACGUCUUGUCACACAUCAACGUUCUCACACAGGGGAGAAGCCUUUUUGCUGUUCAGAGUGCGGGAAAUGUUUUUUAGAUAAGUCCACUCUUAGUUAUCACCAGAGACUGCACACGGGUGUGAAUCUGUAUUCUUGUUCUGAGUGCGGAAAAUGUUUUGUAAAAAAAUUAGAACUUGUCGCACAUCGGAGAUCUCACACGGGGGAGAAGCCGUAUUCCUGUCCUGAGUGCGGGAAAUGUUUUUCAUCGAAAUCCUCUCUUUAUAGUCAUCGGAGAUUGCACACGGGUGAGAAGCCGCAUUCCUGCCCCGAGUGCGGGAAAUGUUUUUCACAGAAGUGCCAUCUUGAAAAACAUCAGAGAAGGCACACAGGUGAGAAGCCGUAUUCCUGCCCUGAGUGUGGGAAAUGUUUUUUACAGAGUGCCAAUCUUUACCAACAUCGGAGAUCUCACACGGGGGAGAAGCCAAGUGAGAAACCGUAUUCCUGUCCUGAGUGUGGGAAAUGUUUCCAGUUUAAAUCCAAACUUAAUGAGCAUAAAAUAACACACACAGGUGAGAAGCCGUAUUCCUGUCCAGAGUGCGGGAAGUGUUUUGUACAAAAAUCAAAUCUGGUUGGACAUCAAAAGUCUCAUAGGGGGGAAAAGCCGUAUUCCUGUCCUGAGUGCGGGAAAUGUUUUUCCAAGAAAUCCCAUCUCAACAGACAUCAGAGAUUGCACACGGGAGAGAAACCAUAUUCCUGUUCUGAGUGCAGGAAAUGUUUCAUACAAAAAUCAGCUCUUGUCACACAUCAAAUGUCUCACACGGGUGAAAAGCCGUAUUCCUGUUCUGAGUGCGGGAAAUGCUUUGUACGAAAAUCAUAUCUUGUCGCACAUCUGAGGUCUCACACGGGGGAGAAGCCAUUUGCCUGUCCUGAGUGCGGGAAAUGUUAUUCAGACAGGUCGUCUCUUCACAAACAUCAGAGAUCGCACACAGGUGAGAAGCCGCAUUCCUGUCCUGAGUGCGGGAAAUGUUUUCCGCGGAAAUCAGACCUUGUCAUACAUCAAAGAUCUCACACAGGUGAGAAGCCGUAUUCCUGUCCGGAGUGUAGGAAAUGUUUCUCACAGAAGUCACAUCUUUGCACACAGGGGGAGAAGUCGUAUUCCUGUCCUGAGUGCGGGAAAUGUUUUUCACAGAAGUGCAAUCUUGUCAGACAUCAGAGAUCUCACACG